AUGGCCCAGUCUCCCAACUACGUCUACAAGAUCUUCCCCUCGGCGGCGGUGGACUCUCGCUUCUACUUCCCGCAGCCCAUCCCAUCGUCGCACGAAUUCUUCCUCACAGAGCUCGAUUCCAAUGACGGUUACAUCCACAUGUCGACGGUGCAGCAGGUGUCUGGCGUGCUGAACCGUUUCUUUGCCGACGUCGACUCGGUUGCCAUCUUGAAGAUUGACUAUGGACGUCUGUCGGCAUUCAAGCGUGUCCGCUGGGAACAGACCAGCAGCGGCGAAUCCUAUCCCCACCUCUACGCGUUUCUCGAGGGUCAGGACAUUGACAGCUUCAAGGAGAUUGAGCGCGGCCAAGGCUGGGACGCGUCGCUCAAGAGUGUCGGUAACUGGCUCCAGUAG